AUGGGGAGGAGGAGGAGCUCGCCGGUGAACGUGCUGUUUCAAUGGGUGAGGAGGCAGUCAAUGAAAGUCAAGGUUUUUCUGGGUAGCCUGCUGGCAUUGUGUGCUUUGGUGGCACUGAGGUUUUGGGUGAAGAAUCAUAACUACUUUGUCAUUGCCUCUGAAGCCGUGCAUGUCGCCGGGAUCGUCGUCCUCAUUUACAAGCUCACUACGCAGAAGACUUGCUCCGGUCUUUCCCUGAAGACUCAGGAACUCACAGCUCUCUUUCUAGCAGUAAGAUUAUUUUGUGGCACCAUGAUGGAGGUGGACAUUCAUACUGUGCUCGAUUUGUCUACUCUCGUGUCAACAGCGUGGGUCAUAUACAUGAUACGGUUUAAAUUGAAGUCAACCUACAUCAAGGAACUCGACAAUUUUCGCUUAUAUUUUGUGGUGGUGCCUGCUGCUAUCCUCGGAGUGCUUGUCCACCCAUAUACACUAUAUAACCCCAUCGGUCGAAUCCUAUGGGCAUUUGGUGGAUACAUGGAAGCCGUUUCAGUACUGCCUCAACUCCGUUUAAUGAAGAAUGCAAAGAUGAUCGAACCAUUUACCUCCCAUUACGUAUUUGCACUGGGCAUUUCGAGGUUCUUGGCGUGCGCUCAUUGGAUUAUUCGGAUCUACGAGACUAGAGGGAGAUAUAUAUUUUUAGUCGGGAGUGGAUAUUUCUGGAUUUUGGCAGCUUUCCUUUCUGAGAUGGUUCAAACAUUCAUCUUAGCUGACUUUUGUUACUACUACAUAAAGAGGUAA